AUGUCUCCCAUUGCUCGUGCCGCCAUGCGCUCUGCUCGCAUUCCGUUGAACAGCUUCAGCCGGACCGCCCCGUCUAUGAUCACCCGGCGGUUGGCCAGCACAACCAAGUCUGCACCUCCCGACUACGGUCGCCUUGCCAAGCAUGCUGUUACCAACCUGGUGGUAUACGUCCCUACAGCUGCAGUAAUUCUCGGCUGGCCGUAUGUGUGCUACAAGAUCUUCGAAGACCGCAUGUAA